GAACUUAUCUCUGGUGAUAUUGAUCCAGUACAUAGCAUUAGAGAUUUUCAUUCUCAACAAACAGUGGACAGCAUGGCCGGAAUUUCUGGUCUCCCAGCAGAGGUACUGCUAUCGAAGCGCGUCCAAGAAAUGGUCCUCAACGGUGAAGAUCCACCAGCACCAUAUAUAUGCAGAGAUGGCGGUGAUGUUGAAGAAGUGCCCUCUUCUUUGUCGCCAAUUCCCAUCAUUGAUCUGAGCCUCAUCUCAUCUUUGACACCAUGCCCUGAAAAAGAAGAAAAGGAAGAAGAAGAACUACAGAAACUUAGAUCAGCUCUGUGCUCAUGGGGCUGCUUUCAGGCAAUAGGUCAUGGGAUUCCAAGUUCAUUCUUAGAUAAGAUCCGAAGAGUCACAAGGGAGUUCUUUGAACAACCAAUGGCAGAGAAAAAGAAGAAAUCUAAAACUGUUGAGGAAUUUGAAGGCUAUGGGGCUGACCCGACCCCAGCAGAAGGACAGCCUCUUGACUGGUCAGAUCGCUUAUUUCUUGAUGUACACCCAGAAGAUCGAAGAAAACUUAAAUUUUGGCCAGAAAACCCAGAGUGUUUCAGAACUCUCCUGGAAGAUUACACUGAAAAGAUGAAAAUGGUAACUAACCUCGUUUCUAAGGCCAUGGCAAAGUCAUUGAACUUAGAUGAAAAUUGCUUCUUGAAUCAGUUUGGGGAGGGAAGACUGCUGCAAGCAAGGUUUAACUAUUACUCCUGUAGUCAGAGGCCUGAUCUUGUUCUUGGCUUGAAAGCCCAUGCAGAUGGUUCAGGAUUCACUGUUAUCUUACAAGACGACAAAGUCGAAGGCCUUCAAGUCCUCAGAAGUGACCAUUGGUUCACAGUUCCCAUUAUUUCUCAUGCUCUCCUAGUUCUCAUGGCUGACCAAAUGGAGAUAAUGACUAAUGGACUAUUCAAGAGUCCAGUGCACAGAGUCCUAACUAACUCGAAAAAAGAGAGGAUUUCUGUGGCUAUGUUUUACACACCUGAAUCUGGAAAAGAGAUUGGGCCUGAAGAUGGCUUGGUCAAUGAGGAAAGACCAAGGUUAUUCAAGAAGGUGAAAAAUUAUGCUGACACACACUGGAUAUAUUACCAGCAAGGGAUGCGAGCACUUCAUACAGCCAAAGUUUAAAAUUACAUUAUCCUCUUCUCAUGUAGUUCGCAACUACUUCUAUGAAAAGUUGUCAAAUUUAAGGACAAUGCUUACUAUGUAUUUUCAGAUCCUUUAGACUUUCAUGAAUGAAGUAUAUUUUAAGAGUGCC